AUGGUGAAGAAGAAGCCUCUAGUGAUGGAGUUAAUCAGGCAGGCGCCGCAAUACGGGAUCGACCAGUCGCAAGUGCCCAUUUACGUCGUGGCGACGCCGCAGGACUGGGCGUACUGCGAAGGCCGCCUGCUGAGAGCACAGGUCGUGGGCCUGGACACGGAGACGCGCCCAGUGUUCAACAAGACUCAAGCCCCAAAUCCGUGUGCGUUGCUGCAGCUCGCAGUGCGCGAUGCAGAAAACAAAGAGGAAGUCUUCAUCCUCGACUUGCUGAGUCUCUCAGCUGAGCUCUCCAGCCCGACACUGUCGACAGUCUUCCUGUCCGACGACGUCCUCAAGCUGGGUCUUGGUUUCCAUCUCGACUUGCAGGGGCUGGCCCAGUCGUACCCGAACGCUCCGUGCUUCACCGUUUGCGCGAAUUUUGUCGAGGUGAACGAUAUGUUCGCCGUCGUUACCGGAGGACACCUCCCCAUUAGCCUUCAGAAGCUCGUGUUUUUCUACCUGCACGCAUUGGCUCUUCUCGACCUGUACGACGAACUACUGCUGCGAAGUGAGAGAACCCCAUCGAAACCCUUCCACGUGGGCGUCGUGACCGCCACAAUCGACGUGAAUAAACCAGCAGCGCCUUCAAAGUGCAGCUUCUGCUUCGAGUCGUUCGAUUCCCCCGCCGCCCUGAAGAAGCAUCGUCAAGAAAAACUCUGCCCCGCGCAAGAACACAAACUCCAAGUCUGCCCACUGUGCAAGCUCGACAUGCUCGUCCCCACGCCCACCAUGCAGCAGCACGUUGACAACUGCACCGCCAGUUAA